AUGGUGGAGAAAAGGAGCACUGGCUGGGCUGGCCGCCGAGGCGAAGACUCUACAAAAAGCAACCAAACAAACACUCCUCGGCGCAAAGAUGAGCGCCCAUCACGUUCGCUCUACAAGCCAGUUGUUUCAAUUGCGUCUGUGUACAGCACAAUUGUGGUCUUAGUUUGGCAACUCUGGACGGGAAAGCCUCAUAUGGUUCGUCCCAUGCCGAUCGACAAACCUGGCCAGGACUCAAGCUUUACGGAGUUGCGCAGGCCCGAACUACUAAUCCGAACACAAGAAACACAGAGUGCUUCGCAAUCAGCCAUUGGCAAAUCUGCUGCUCGGUCCAAAGCCGUCAUAGCUGAAAUCAUGCCGCGCAUGAGCAAGAACAAGAUCACAGAUGCACCGCAUGAUCGCACCGGAGGCCCCUUUGAAGCAACGGGGGAUCAUUUGCAUGUGGCCUGGGGCUGGACGUAUCAGGCUGCCAGUGGUUUGGUUGGUGACCAGAGGCAGCAAGAGGCGACCUCUGGCCUUGUGCCCAGACUGUUCGAGGAACGCGGAUCCAGCCUGGGCUGGCAGAGUGUGUUCGAGGUUUUGCUGACAUCCGGAGAUAAGGUCACUGCUAAAGACUGCUCACUUCUAAAGCGCAGACCCUUGCAGGCGUCUCAAGAGGAGGGCUUCCUGCUUAUUGGCGGCGAAGCUAUUGAGCUGCAGUGCCCACUGGGGCUCUAUGUCCAGUGGACCGCCGCAUUGCUGCGCAUGGCGGCAGGUGCAGAAGUUCUCCGCAUUCGCUUCUUCUAUGAUACCAAUCAAGCAGACUUUACGGUCAUGAGCUUGACCUUGUGGGACUUUGACAGCACGUUGAUGGCUGCAUGUGGCAACAAACAAAGUCAACCCUUGGAACACUUUGACUGCUUCGGUGCCAGUGGUGAAGUGGAUGGCAGCCCAUUGAUCCAUGUUGGUCGUGGACUUUGGGUUGCUCUGGAACAUCCACGUGCUGCCCACGGUCUCAGAAGCAACGGGACACGAAUGGUCGCCGAACUGCGUGACGCAUCUCCAGGUAUUCCGUAUUUCGCAUCUGCAGGCAUCACUGGCCCCAUAGGCGCCACCGCAGAAGAGUCCAUCUUCUUAUUGCGCAGGCACUUCCAUGCCUACCUGCAAAAAGUUCGAGCUUCUCCGCCACGAACCUUCUUGCAUUUUGCCACGUGGUAUGACCUGCGCAGACACCCCUGCGUGGAUUCCAGUCCUUUAGGCCUUCCGCACUGCUCAGCCGCCAAGGCCCUUAACGAACAGCACGUGCUACAGCGCAUAGACGAGAUUGUUGAACAACUGUCAGGCAGAGGCGUCGCACUAUCAGGUGCUGUGUUGGAUGAUGGCUGGGACGAUGCUGGGCUUCCUUGGCACCUCAAUCGCGAGAACUUCCCAGGGGGUCUCAGCUCGAUAGCUAAAGCUGCAGAGGCCGAAGGAGUCUCGCUUGGUGUCUGGAUGUCUCCUUGGGGUGGGUUUGGGGAAGGUGGUAAACGCCGUGUUAAGAUCGGUGCCUCCAUGGGACUGGAGUAUCAAGGCGAGAGUGCAACUUCGUUGCAUUUCUCUGGGCCUCGCUAUUUUGACUGGUUUUUUAAUGCCACUUUCCAGCUGCUGCGCAGUGGAGUUACAUUCUUCAAGUUUGACGGGUUCGGUUCCGGCCUUAAGGCUGGAGGUGCAGGUGAAUACUCCAAAGACGUGGAUCUUCUGCUAUUCAUGAUACAGGAACUGAGGCUGCAGAAAGAGAUCCGGGCAUCUGGAGUAACAGGCACGUGGCCAUCGCCUUGGUGGCUUUGUACUGUCGACUUUGUCUGGAGGGGUGGCCCUGAUUUAGGUCGCAAAGGCGCUGGUUCGCCCAGGCAACAGUGGAUGACUUUCAGAGACGCGAUGGUCUUUGAGGUGUUCAGGCGUGCGCGAUUGUUCCCGCUUUCGAGCUUGUCGCUGGGCGGCUUGGUUUGGAGCCGAGCGGAGGAGCCAGGUGCAUACCUGAACUCUUUCGACUUGGAGGACUUCACCCAAGAAGUGCAGAGCUUGAUGUUUACCAUGUACCAGGAACUUCAGAUUCAGCCAUCCUUGUUGGCUCCUGCAUCUUGGGACACACUGGCUGCCUACGUCAAUUUGUCGCAUCGACAUGCCGCCGUUCUGGCCGAUUCGCACUGGCUCGGCGGCGACCCAUCACGGGGCGAGGUCUACGGUUAUGCAGCCUUCGAGUGCCCUCCUUGCGUUGGGCUCCUGCUCUGGCGAAAUCCGAGUGCGGAAGCUCAAAACGUCACCUUCACGUUACGGUCAGCGUUGGCUUUGCCACAGGCGUGGCCGGGAGGUGCAGUCGGUGGGCGAUGGCAAGUCAAACAGAUUUCAGGACAGCAGGCCGGAUGCCGGCGGAACUUCACCAGCGGGUUUUUUGUCAGUCCCUUGCCAGGGGACUUUGACAGAGACUGA